CCUCAUCAAAGAAAUAGCGUCAUUACAUUUUGACAGACGGAUAUGUUUUUUUUUCCAUUUUCAAAAACGGAUCUCACUUUUAUUCUUUCUUUGCCACCUAAGCAGACGACAUGUUUUUCAAGCUUUUUAUAUUGUGUUUAUUAGUGACAGUUGCCCACUUCUACCCACGAUAUAAGGAACUCAUUUUGAACGGGGACCGUGUCCCACACCCGUGCUGCCCCGGGCGCUCCUGGAGCCGGGUGGGACACACCACACCUUCAUCUACCGCUCUCAACGCCUUUGGUAGAGAUUUUCAAGCAAGUCGUCGCUUGUUUACAAAGGAGUUAUGCUUAGCUGAUUCUGACGGCGAUGGUGUUAGUAACGGAAUAGAACUGGGUCUGAACACCACGAAAUACGACCUGCCAACACUCUGUCAUUUCAUUGACUCUUCUCACAUGACAAGGACAUUCAAUGAAAUGGUCGUUUUUCUGAAGGAGAGCAAGUUGCUGACAAACCCAACUGGACAUCCAGGUUUUUGCGACCAAAACACUGGUAGGUGUCGACCCAACUUUCCAUGUGGCUGUUAGUUUGUGGGAAAUAAAAAUUGCAACAAGGACAUUACAAAUGUAUACUGUUCUUAUUUUUAAUUUAUCGUUAUCUAUGUUGUAUAUGUGAAUAAAUUUAUGAUGAAGGGGAAUGAAUUGGGUUUAACAAAUAAAUCAUGCAAAAUUA